AUGGCAGAUCCACGGAUCCCUCCUCCCAGUCCCAGUCAGAAUCCAAAACCACAAACGCUUGCGGAUAACCUUCAUAAUCCUAGUUCCGCGGCUUACUUGGCCUAUCCUGUGAAACAUGUCGUUUCCAGUCUUUAUAGACGCAUGACAGAACCUCCAGAGCACCCUGUCGGCAAAUUGUUAAACGCACCUUCACUCCCUGCCUCCUCUGGUCUCUACACCCCCCCAAGGAGAACCCAGUCGCCAUUCCAACCUCCACCACUCACCCCUCUUGACCUGAGACACAGCCUAUCUCCGAGGGCAGCCGAUUCUUUGCUCUUGACGAGGUCUCUCGCGGAAGAAAUCCGUCUAUUGAUUCCUCCGAGGCUUCAACUCUUAGAACACUGGAAGCUAGCCUACUCACUCGAGGUUCAUGGCUCCUCUUUGGCCACACUGUAUGAGCAUUGUGCACAAGUGUCAAUACAUUCACAAAGAUCAGGCUAUGUUCUGGUGGUUCGCGACGGCACGACCUCAGCAGGCCACGGGUCGGUGUUUGGGGCGUAUCUCUCAGAUGCACCUAAACCGGGUCUCCAUUACUUUGGUACUGGGGAAUGCUUCCUCUGGAGGGCCAGUAUUCUGCCCACACUGAGGGAUCUGUCGUCCCAGCUGAAAAAUGUCACAAACACCGCCUCGGGAGAUCUUCUGGAGUUGGCCGGUCUUCCACCGCCUCCGAGCGCGGAUACCACCCAUCUUCAGAGAGUGACGACGGUCCGGGGUGAACGAAGGUCGUCUUCAUCUGUGUCCUCACCCACUUCUCCCUCCAAUAUGAAAGUCAAUGAAACGUUCAGCCAUCUACAAUCUACCGCCGAAAGGUCGGGUACCUCAACCCCAGAUCGCAUCAGGUUCAAGGCCUUUCCAUACAGCGGAAUCAACGACUUUCUGAUUUAUUGCCAAUCAGACUAUCUGUCUGUUGGAGGUGGAGAUGGGCAUUAUGGGCUAUGGCUUGAUGAUGAUCUCGACAACGGCAUUAGUGAAACUUGCCCGACUUUUGGCAAUGAACCUUUGAGUGACGAGGGCCGCAAAUUCGAAGUGCUGGGAGUCGAGAUCUGGUAUGUGGGUGCAUGA